AUGAACCUUUUCUUAAACUUGAAAACACUUCAUAUUACGAGAAGAAACACACAUAGCUCAAUAGACACCAAAAUAUUACCUUUAGUGACUGAUUUGUCUAUUGAAGAUAGUGACACAUUCAUUGGGAACAAUGCCUCUAAGCUAACAAGGUUGAGACGUUUUUCAAUGUCACAUGAUUCUUAUUACGGCGACAGUAAUUUCCAGAGAAAUUUAUUUUCGUUGCAAACUCUUCAAGAAGUAACAUUGAAACACACAAUUAGUCAGAUUUUAUCACUCAAAGAUGACAUUAUCAACUUACUGAGUAGAAAUAUAAAAGUGACCUUAUAUGUGGAACACAAUGACACUUCUGAUUACUACAACAUGGACUAUGUAAAUAACGAAGAUGAUGUGAAAGCAAUCAACGAUUUUUACAAUCAAAACAGGUGUAAUCCACAUUUAUUGAUAUAUAAAAGUGAUUAUGAUACCCAGUUGGAAAUGCCUUUAUUGUCAUCUGAAAGCAUAUUUACGAUGCAAGCUGUUGAUGAAAAUGAUAGUGAGAGAAUAUGCCAAAUGGUUAAAGAUAUGCAACUUAAUAAAUUGUUCAUAGACUGUAGUGAAGCCAUUUGUGAUAACCAAGAAUUUACACUUGAUUUGAGAAAAGCAACAACACUGGAAGAAAUACGAAUAACAAGGUUUGGUGGUAAAUUGUCGAUACCAGAUUCUAUCAAAAGUAUUUCAAUUAAUUUUAGAGACGCAACAAUCGUCACCAAUAACGCUAAAAUAGAAGAGAUGAGUAUCGAAUGUUGUAACGCAAAUGGAUUGAGAGUUGAAGAAGGCGUAUUGAAAAAAGUUUACUUUUGGCACCAAGGACUUGGUUUUUCUUUUGUUCACAAUGGAGAGGAAUUGAAAAAUACACUUUACAUUGAUAAUAUCGACUUUGAUUACAGUCAGUUAGACAACCCAGAUGACCUCAAAGUGUACAAAGAAGGCAAACAAAUCGUAUUGAAAAAGGAAUAA